GGCGGGCUGACGGACCGAGGUACUGGCCGGCUGAGGGAGUUUCCCCUGGCUCCAGAUCGCUGUCGCCGCCCGGCUUCUGUCACUCUAUGGUACGCCUGUGAGGCCGGCAGACGUCUUCUCGGGAUGGAGCACAUCCGGACGACCAAGGUUGAACAAGUAAAAUUACUUGAUCGAUUCAGUACUAGCAACAAGUCAUUAACAGGAACACUGUAUCUUACGGCCACACAUCUAUUCUUUAUAGACUCUCACCAAAAAGAAACCUGGAUAUUGCACCACCAUAUUGCCUCAGUAGAAAAACUUGCUUUGACUACUUCUGGAUGCCCACUUGUAAUUCAGUGCAAGAAUUUCAGGACUGUGCAUUUCAUCAUUCCCAGAGAAAGAGAUUGCCAUGAUAUUUACAACUCUUUGCUACAACUGUCAAAACAAGCAAAGUAUGCAGAUCUCUAUGCAUUCUCUUAUAAUCCCAAACAAAAUGAUUCAGAACGACUACAAGGUUGGGAGCUCAUUGACCUUGCUGAGGAAUAUAAGAGGAUGGGAAUGCCAAAUUUACACUGGCAGUUGUCUGAUGCCAACCGAGAGUACAAGAUUUGUGAAACUUAUCCCAGAGAACUCUAUGUUCCCUGUAUAGCAAGCAAACCAAUAAUUGUCGGCAGUUCCAAGUUCCGGAGCAAGGGCAGAUUCCCAGUUCUUUCUUACUAUCAUCAGGAUAAGGAGGCUGCCAUUUGUCGAUGUAGUCAACCACUAUCAGGAUUCAGUGCCAGAUGCCUGGAGGAUGAACAUUUACUUCAAGCCAUUAGUAAAGCCAAUCCAGUCAAUCGCUAUAUGUAUGUCAUGGAUACCAGGCCCAAACUGAAUGCAAUGGCCAACAGAGCAGCUGGAAAAGGUUAUGAAAAUGAAGACAACUAUUCUAAUAUAAGAUUUCAAUUUGUUGGAAUUGAAAAUAUUCAUGUCAUGAGGUCCAGCCUCCAGAAAUUAUUGGAAGUCAGUGGUACCAAGGGGCUUUCUGUCAAUGAUUUCUACUCUGGUUUGGAGAGCUCAGGAUGGCUUCGCCAUGUCAAAGCUGUUAUGGAUGCUGCAAUCUUCUUAGCCAAAGCAAUAAUGGUUGAAAAUGCAAGUGUGUUGGUACAUUGUUCUGAUGGUUGGGAUAGGACUUCCCAGGUUUGUUCCCUUGGUUCUCUUUUAUUGGAUUCCUACUACAGGACAAUCAAAGGAUUCAUGGUUUUAAUAGAGAAAGAUUGGAUCUCUUUUGGACAUAAAUUUUCAGAGAGGUGUGGCCAUUUGGAUGGUGACCCAAAGGAAGUCUCACCCGUGUUUACUCAGUUUUUGGAGUGUGUGUGGCAUUUAACAGAACAGUUUCCACAAGGCUUUGAAUUCAAUGAAGCAUUUCUUCUUCAGAUCCAUGAACAUAUUCAUUCAUGCCAAUUUGGAAACUUCCUUGGAAAUUGUCAGAAGGAAAGAGAAGAACUCAAGUUGAAGGAGAAGACUUACUCCCUGUGGCCAUUUCUUUUGGAUGACCAAAAGAAGUACUUAAAUCCACUCUAUAGUUCCGAAUCUCAGAAAUUUAUAGUUUUGGAGCCAAAUACAGCAUCUUUCAACUUUAAGUUUUGGAGAAACAUGUACCACCAAUUUGAUCGAACAUUGCAUCCUAGGCAGUCUGUAUUUAAUAUAGUUAUGAAUAUGAAUGAACAAAAUAAACAGUUAGAGAAAGAUGUUGAAGACCUAGAAUCUAAAAUUAAGCAACGCAAAAAUAAGCAAACAGAUGGUGUCUUCACCAAGGAAUUGUUGCAUUCAGUUCAUCCCGAAUCACCUACCCUCAAAACUUCUCUGUGUUUUAAAGAACAGACUUUGCUACCUGUGAAUGAUGCUCCUCGAACUAUAGAGGGCAGCAACCCCGCAGAUAAUCGUUAGGGUGAAUAUGCAGAAGAGUUUUCCAAAUCAGAACCUGCUGUGGUCAGCUUAGAGUAUGGUGUGGCAAGAAUGACUUGUUAGACUCAUUGAGUAUUUUUCGGACUGACUAUAGUGCAAGAAAUGGAUUAUUGUGAGGAUGGUCUGUGUGCUUGACCAAAAGGAAUUUGUCCAAUAAUGAUCUUAGGGCUUAACAGUAGAUUAAUAGUUGAAGAAAGGAAAACUACUCUUG